CAAAUGGGUCAAUUUCUCGACGAUAGACUGGUAUAUAUAUGGAUGAGUAUUUGCGUAUUCCAUUCGGUGGUUCUAAACACUUUCAGACUCAUUUUUGUGUUCCUGAUCGGUUAGGGUGGUUGACUCAUAGCACAAUAUGUGUCAGUACCGAAUCUUUGAAACCGCACAUCGUAAAAAUGAACUUGUUUAUUGCUGGCUUACGACAAUCACAAAUGCUACAAAUAACAGUAAGUUGACGAUAUUUAUCUAUCUAACGUUAGGUACAUAAAAAAUUGUUUUCGAGAAAAUACAACUACGAAUGUUAGGAUUCAUCUUUCUGAAAUUUCUAAACAGCAAAUAAAUUUCCGUUUUGAUUCAGUUUGCAUUUGACGAAACACAUGUUAUUCAUCCAGACUUUGUUUGUCAGUUUAAUUUCAUCAAGGUGACAAACAAGCGCUUAUUUGAGAUAUGGCUGUUUUGUCGUUGUUUAACCCCUUAAUACUGGAACAUAUCAACUGUUCUGAGUUGAUCAAGAAACAUGCAGUGCAUAUCAAUGUUCAAAAUCCAAAAGUGAUUCCGAAAAUACGACCUUUAUUAUCAUCGGAUUAUGAUUACCUUACUUUAUUAAAACAGUUAACAGUAGUUGGAAAGAUAGAAAAAAGGGAAUUCGAUGAAAGAUUUUCUUCGAUGGCUUCUUGCUUGGAUACAUAUUUUAUUGUAGUUUUAGAAGACGUUUCUACAAGCAGAAUAAUUGGAGCAGCCACCCUCUUCAUAGAGUUGAAGUUCAUUCACCAGUGUUCGAAGCGUGGUCAUAUUGAGGAUGUUAUAGUCGAUUCCAGAUUUCGCGGAAUGAAUUUUGGGAGAUUAUAGACGAACCGUUUGCCGACCUUUGUAUUGACAUGGAUAAAAUCUUAAAGAAAUGAAAUGCUUUAUUUGCUAUAUGAUGGUUGAAUAUGUACCCUUAUUGCUGUGGAGACAAAUAUACUCCAGCAUCUCAGUAAAAAGCGGAUUAUAAGCAUUUGUUUUCACCUAUAACGAAACUGGUCAUGGACUGAUCUAAAAACACCCUUCAUAUCGGUAUAUAAAGGUGAUCUGAGACAAAUAACUAUAUUUAUUGAAACCCAAGACUUACAAAAAUUUAAACCUUUAUGGUGCAUUCAGAAACUAGUUGUAAUUAAACCAAACUUUGAUAAUAUGGACUUUAAUCUUAGCGUUAAGGAUGGUGUGAAUAACAGUCUCUUAUUAUUUUUGGAUGUUUCUAUACAUUCCAGUGGUUUAAAUCUCACUUAUUUGUACUUUUUUGUGUCUUAGCAACCUAAUAUGCGAUCAGAUUGUAUAAAAUAUAUUAUGCCGA